UCCGGUGUCCUGUCAGAGAAACAUGGCGGCUGCGAAGAGGUUGUUUGCUGUGACCCAGAGGUUUCUGUCCCCGCGGAGUCUCUCUGCCCCGAGGUCUCUCUCCUCCUCGUCCGUCGUCCAGCAGGCCGCAUGGAGUCAGGCUGAAGGCGGGAAGUCCGAGGGGGCUUUUCACGUCACUAUGAUCCCCGGCGACGGCGUUGGGCCGGAACUCAUGCAUUCCGUGAAGGAGGUUUUCAAGGCUGCGGACGUCCCCGUGGAGUUUGAAGAAUACCAUCUCAGCGAGGUGCAGAACAUGGCGUCUCCUGAGAAGCUCGACGAGGUCCUCGCCUCCAUGCGCGCCAACAAGGUGGCCAUCAAGGGGAAGAUUCACACCCCGAUGGAGUAUAAGGGAGAGCUGGCGUCGUAUGAGAUGAGACUCAGGCGGAAGCUGGAUUUGUUUGCCAACGUGGUGCAUGUAAGCAGCCUGCCCGGCUACAAGACCCGCCACAACAAUCUGGACCUGGUGAUAAUCCGGGAGCAGACGGAGGGCGAGUACAGCUCUCUGGAGCACGAGAGUGUCAGCGGGGUCAUCGAGUGUCUGAAGAUAAUCACCAGAGAGAAGUCAAACCGGAUCGCCAAGUUUGCCUUUGACUACGCCACGAAGAAAGGUCGCUCCAAGGUCACCGCGGUUCACAAAGCCAACAUCAUGAAGCUGGGGGAUGGGCUGUUCCUGCAGUGCUGCAAAGAGGUGGCCGAGCUGUACCCCAAAAUACAGUUUGAAACCAUGAUUAUCGACAACUGCUGCAUGCAGUUGGUACAGAACCCGUACCAGUUCGAUGUGUUGGUGAUGCCGAACCUGUAUGGGAAUAUCAUCGAUAAUCUGGCCGCGGGGCUGGUUGGCGGAGCCGGCGUGGUUCCCGGGGAGAGUUACAGCGCAGAGUACGCCGUGUUUGAGACCGGCGCUCGCCAUCCCUUUGCCCAGGCCGUGGGCAGGAACAUCGCUAACCCCACCGCCAUGCUGCUGACCGCCACCAACAUGCUGCGGCACCUCAAUCUCGAGUUUCACUCCAAUCUCAUCUCAGACGCCGUGAGGAAGGUGAUCAAACAGGGCAAGGUGAGAACGCGAGACAUGGGCGGCUACUCCACCACCACGGAUUACCUCAAGGCUGUGAUCGACAGCCUGCACACCCGCUAUGGGCAUUAAGGCCGGCCGGGCCAGUCGCCCCCUCCCUGUGGGCUGGGGGGUCCCUCCGCCACCUCAUCUCAUACUCCAGUCGUGAGCCGCGGGGGGCCCAGCCUGUGUGACGCUGUGUGUUAAAGCCCCUCUAAUCCUGCCCCAGGAAGAGUAGUGGGGCGGUUACAGUCCCCAUGUCCAGGGUCGCUGUCAUGCGCAGGACGCGGGGCUCAAGGGUUUGGUAGUCGCCGUGAAUCUGUAGUCUCGGGCGUGACUGUUCCCUGACGGACUCCGCAGCGUGUCGAGUUACCCCGUCCGCCUCUGCCGCGUGCCGAGUUACCCCGUCCGUCGGCCCGUCUCACUGAGCAAUGGCAGGAAAAUAAAGAUUCCGCUUUUGUUUUUUUCA